CAGCCUUUGGUUGAGAGAAGGGUAAAAAAGAAAGCUAAAAUAAAACACAUUCCCGUUGCUCCAUCAUGAAGAGAGACCCUUAACACUGACUCACUCAUUCUCUCUCUCUUUCUCUCUGCACUUUAGACUCUUCAAAUUCGAUACUUUGCUGUUUUUUACAGAGAACGAGAAGCUCUAUGGGCUUUAUAUCUCUCUAAAACUUUCUCUCUCUGCAUUGUCUUCUUCUACUUCAAGAAUCUCUCCCCAUUUCUUCUUGUUUUGGGUCUCUUUUGUUCACUCAAAGGAAGGAAAUUUUGGGUUUGAUCUUCACAAGUGUUUGUAGAACUGGGUGUGUUUGGUUUUUGUGGGAAAACCUAAGAUUUUGGCUGGAGAAUCCUUGUCCAUUUUGGAUUUUGAUGGGUGUUUUGAGGAUUUGAAGCGAAACCCACAGAUUCUGAGUGGGGGAAAGAGUAGUAGUGGAGCUGUAUGAAUUAGUGCUGGAACAAUGAGAGAUGAGAAUUCUAAGAACAGCAAGCUCUCAUGGUCCAAGAAAAUGGUCAGAAAAUGGUUCAAUAUUAGGUGCAAAAGCGAUGAUUUUCAAGCGGACGAUGUUGCUUAUAGAGGAGGUGAAAUGGAUUACAGGAGCAGCAGCUUCUCAGAGAGAGAACCAUGCACCAUCAAGAAAAGCAAGACAGAGAAAUUCAGCAAAAACGGCGAGCAGGGGCGGCGAGGGAAGAUGAAUCUUGACCAUCCUCGUAUUAUAGAUGUGCAAAACUAUAGCAUUUUUGUUGCUACAUGGAACGUGGCUGGAAGAUCUCCCCCUAACAAUCUAAAUCUGGAGGAUUGGCUUCAUUCUUCACCCCCUGCUGAUAUCUAUGUUCUUGGGUUUCAGGAGAUAGUGCCAUUGAAUGCUGGUAAUAUACUGGGAGCUGAAGACAAUGGCCCUGCUAAGAAAUGGCAGGCUCUCAUUCGAAAGACUCUUAACAAUCUCCCAGGAACUAGUGGUGGUAAUGCAUGUUAUACCCCUUCUCCAAUUCCAAAGCCCAUUGUGGAAAUAAAUGCAGAUUUUGAAGGGUCUGCUAGACAGAAGAAUUCGUCGUUCUUCCAUCGCCGAUCGUUUCAAACGACCAACAGCUGGAGAAUGGACGAUCCAUCGAUACCACAGCCACGACUUGAUCGAAGAUUCAGUGUUUGUGACCGUGUUAUCUUUGGUCAUCGGUCGAGUGAUUUUGAUCCUAACUUUAGAUGGGGCCAUAGGCCAAGUGACUACUCAAGAUCAAGUGACUAUUCCAGGUCUAGUGACUUUUGCAGACCAAGUGACUACUCUAGACCAAGUGACUUUUGCAGGCCGAGUGACUACUCAAGGCCUAGCGACUGCUCACGAUGGGGUUCGUCGGAUGAUGAUAACGUUCCGUGGGAGUCACCGAGCACGGUUUUGUUUUCGCCAAUGUCCCAUGGUGGUUCUUCAUCUCAGGAUGGUGGAUAUAGAAUGCCAGGACAUUCAAGAUAUUGCUUGGUUGCAAGCAAGCAAAUGGUUGGCAUAUUUCUCACCAUAUGGGUUAAAAGUGACUUGAGGGAUCAUGUCCGAAACAUGAAAGUUUCUUCUGUUGGUAGAGGAUUGAUGGGCUACCUUGGGAAUAAGGGAUCAAUUUCUAUCAGCAUGUCAUUGCAUCAGACAAGUUUUUGCUUCAUUUGUACUCACUUAACAUCAGGAGAGAAAGAAGGCGACGAGCUUCGAAGAAACUCAGACGUGAUGGAGAUACUCAAGAAGACGAGGUUCCCACGAGUGCACGGUGCAAGCAGUGACGAGAAAUCCCCAGAAACAAUCCUUGAGCAUGAUCGAGUUAUUUGGCUCGGGGAUUUAAACUAUCGGAUCGCUCUUUCGUACCGGUCUGCCAAGGCACUCGUAGAGAUGCAAAACUGGAGGGGAUUGCUUGAGAAGGAUCAGUUACGAAUAGAACAAAGACGUGGGCGUGUCUUUGCUGGAUGGAACGAAGGAAAGAUUUACUUUCCUCCAACGUACAAAUAUUCGACUAAUUCAGAUCGAUAUGCAGGGGAGGGCAAUCACCCAAAAGAGAAACGUCGUAAACCCGCUUGGUGCGAUCGGAUAUUGUGGCAUGGGGAAGGCCUCCAUCAGUUAUCUUACGUUCGUGGAGAGUCAAGGUUCUCAGAUCAUAGACCGGUUUAUGGAGUGUUUUGGGCCGAGGUUGAGUCGAGCCGAGGGAGAUUAAAGAAAAGCAUGAGUUAUUCUAGUUCCAAGAUUGAGGUCGAGGAGCUUCUCCCGUACGCACAUGGAUACACCGAGCUGAACUUUUUCUGAAAGUGAGAUCAUAUGGCUACACAAUGCAGCCAUAAAUAAAGUGAGGCCUGUGGAAUCACUUAAAAAUGGUGGUGGAGCUCAUCCUUGAAGGUAUCGAUCGAGACGUUUCAUAGCCCAUAGCCCGAAAAAGUCCUCAUUCCUUCCUUCUCAACACAUUGUGCCUUUGAUCAUCAUAUCUUCUUAGCUGCAUAAUUCGGUCUCGUAAUCGACGACGCUUAGCUUUCAGGAUUGGAAAACAGUCAUUGAGUAAAAUUCUUUUCCUCCCUUCAUUUCUUCAUUCUUUCUCUGUCUAGGAAUACACAUUGGUUGCUAAAUACAAGUGAAUGAUACUCAUUACCAUAGUGAUGUAAAAGAGGUGAAAACCUCCACAAGAAAAGUUAAUGAAAAAGAUCAUUUAUUACAGUGUGUGAA